CUCAAAACAUACCUCAGAACGUGCAAUAUAAAAGUAUACGUAAAGGCCUAUGAAACAUGCCGAUAUUGACGAACAUGAGAAUUUUUCAUAGUGCACGGCGUUGUAGAUUUCCACGGUUCCAUGUCCUGGUGUCCACAGUCUCCACAAUUCAAAGAAGCUUCCUCCCCCGCGCGCGCCGCCCUACGGCCUACGGGUCUCCUCCGCGGCCCACGGUCUCCAGCGAGCUCCGGCGGCGGCGAUACACACAGCACACGCGGGAAAACGAGCCCGUUCUGCCGGCGAAGCGGUGCGCUCGCUUCGCUCGUGCCGAGACGCGAGGGGAAGACAGCGACGCGACAUGCCAGGCUGACGCGCGAGCGCCCGGCUGAUGCGCACGCGGGCGCGCAAGCCGGCGCGAGCAUAUCUCCUACUGGAUGCGGCCGACGAUUCCGUGGCGCACUCCGCCCCGCCCCGACUCCUCCGUCCAACCAACGCCUCGCGCCGCCGCGGCCGGCCGCCUUCUCCCUCGUCUCGGCCUCCUAGAAGAGUACAAGGUCCGAGCGCCAGCAAAAAGCAGAGCAGAACUGCAGGACCCCAUUGAGGCCAUCACCCACAAGGACGCUGGACACCAACGCCGCUGCUGUCGCUAUGGCGGGGAACGGCGGCGAGGGUGCGGUCGGGAAGGUGACCUGUGCGGCGUGGAUACGGCGGCGGGACGAUGAGGGGCCGCCCGGCGUCAGCCGCCUCCUCGUGGCGUUCGGGCGCGGCGCCACGGCAUCGUCCCCGCCGCUCGUCGAUCUCCUCGAGUUCGACGCCGGGGCCUCCGCCCUCGCCUCCGAGCCCCUGGCGAGGGUCGUCGUGGGCGAGGAGGCAGCCGACACGCCUGGCGCGAUCGCCGUGCACCCCGGCGGCCGGGAGUUGGUCUGCGCCACCGCCAAAGGAUGCAGGGUGUUCAAGCUGGUUUGUAGAGAUUUCGGUAUUCACCUUAUUCCAAACGAUUCUUUACCUAUCCAAUCUGUUGGCCCUCAAAAAUGUUUAACAUUCAGCACUGAUGGUGCCAAGUUUGCUAUUGGUGGUGAGGAUGGACAUCUCAGAAUAUUUCAUUGGCCAAAUCUCGAAGUUAUGUUGGACGAACCUAAAGCUCACAAAUCCUUCCGUGACAUGGACAUCAGCUUAGAUUCAGAAUUUUUAGUUUCGACAUCCAUUGAUGGUUCUGCGAGAAUAUGGAAGAUUAAUGAGGGGUCUCCACUGAUCAAUUUGACAAAAUCUCUGGAUGAGAAGAUUGAGUGUUGCCGCUUUUCUAGGGAUGGAACUAAACCUUUCCUGUUUUGCACACUUGUAAAAGGGCAUAACAUUUUGACUAUGGCUGUGGACAUAAGUAAUUGGAAAAGAAUUGGAUACAAACGGUUUUCAGCAAAGCCCAUUUCCACACUAUCAGUUAGCUUGGACGGGAAAUAUAUUGCACUAGGAAACCGUGACGGCGACUUUUGUGUCGUGGAAGUAAAGACGAUGGAGGUCGCUCACUGGAGCAAGAAGGUUCAUCUUGGCUCUCCAAUUUCUUCCAUUGAAUUUUGCCCUACUGAAAGGGUUGUAAUCUCCACCUCACAUCAAUGGGGAGCAGAGAUAACAAAACUUGACGUCCCUCCUGAAUGGAAAGUGUGGCAAAUCUGGCUGGUACUGCUAAGCCUCUUCGUGUCAUCUGCCGUCCUUUUCUACCUGUUCUUCAAGCACGCAAGACUCAACUUGUUGCCCUGACGAUUGGCCCAUCCUGAGCUUCAGCAUGGUUGCUGUCUGCCGACGAUAAUAACUCCGUUGCCCUGACGAGCUUUCCUCACUCCAACCAUCACCAUUCGUUUCUUAAUUCUGUUCCAAGUUCCAACCCUGAUGCUACAGUGUCACAGAGUUUUGUACCUGGACUGUUCCACACCGUGCCUUAGAUUGCUGUUGACCUCUCAAUAAGUGAAGGAAGCACAGCCCGUUGCGUCCAGCUGUGUUACCUAACCGAGGCUGAUCAGUCUCAAGACUGUUUCUGCUGGGCGUAUUGUUCAAUCUGGAUCUGAUAUGUGACACGCUAACGCUGUCUGGCUCA